UCGUUGACGGCGAACGAGACGUCUCCGAGUAAACGGUGAUUUCGUGAACAAAUUGUUCUUAUCGUCAGUAUAGAGAUAUGAAAUUAAUAUUGUUAUCUAAAAACUGUGCUGUUCAUUUAUACGAGUGUUGAUUGUGUGCUGUUGUGUAUUGAUUACACCUGGACGUGUUAUUUGUGUGGAGUGUUUGACGGAGGAAUUGGGGAGAUAGCUUGUGUAAUUGUGCUUUAUUAGUUCAAACGUCCCUGUAAUCAGCAGAAAUGCAGGCGAUCAAAUGCGUUGUGGUCGGCGACGGAGCCGUCGGUAAAACAUGCCUGCUCAUCAGUUACACGACAAACGCCUUCCCCGGAGAAUACAUACCAACAGUAUUCGACAACUACUCAGCCAAUGUGAUGGUAGAUGGCAAACCUAUCAACCUGGGGCUCUGGGAUACGGCGGGUCAGGAGGACUACGACAGACUCCGACCGCUCUCCUACCCACAAACGGAUGUGUUCCUCAUAUGCUUCUCGCUCGUCAACCCCGCCUCCUUCGAGAACGUGCGCGCUAAGUGGUUCCCAGAAGUGAGGCAUCACUGCCCGUCAACGCCCAUCAUCCUGGUCGGCACCAAGCUCGACCUGCGCGAGGACAAGGACACCAUCGAGAAGCUUAAGGACAAGAAACUCGCGCCCAUCACCUACCCACAGGGGCUAAGUAUGUCUAAGGAGAUCAACGCCGUGAAGUACCUGGAGUGCAGCGCGCUGACACAGAAAGGCCUCAAGACCGUCUUCGACGAGGCCAUCCGCGCUGUGCUGUGCCCCGUGCCGCCCGUCAAGAAGAGGCGCGCCUGUAGCCUGCUGUAGAGAUUCGCGUAGACAGCGGUGCCAGUGUGCACUUGCAGUGUGCGACCAGCACGGCAUGGCUUCUGCAGCGCAACCGUCGCGUCGCUUGACACAAGUGCUGUAGGUAUAUAAAGUGGACUGCAAUACACAUACAUACAUGUUAGUUUACUGUUAACGCAUACUAAAUGUAACGUGGGUCGGUGUGUGUCAUCCCUAUUAUAUAUAACUGUUUUUAUAAAUUCGGAACAACUCACUAUUGGGUGCUUUACUCUUGACGCGUUCUUUGCUUUACAUUAAAAGUUACAUUCCUACAUUUGUUAAUAAAUUGCUUCGGUACAAAUUGUUUCAUGAAUUUACGUUUGGAAUUGUUAAAUUUUUUGUUAGGCAGAGAUUAUAUUUUUCGAUUGUGAUGAUUUAUUUUUGUUCUCGCCUGUUUCAACGUAGUGGGUAUAAGUACAGUAUUCGUUAAGAAGUUAACAUUUGUAUUCAUUGUGUAUUAAAGUAGUUAAAAAUUAAUCAAAUGACUUCCAUUAAAGCUAAUCUGACUAAUAUACUAUAUUUUACCUUUAGACAAUCCAAUCAA